AUGAAUUGUAUGAAAGAACAAAGAAUCAAUUACAACGUAGUUAUCAGAUACGUACAAGUGUAUGUUACACAAAUUUUUCGGUUAACUACAUUUAGUAUGUGGAAAGGAGCAAUAUACAAGCUAAUAAAUCUCCAAUCCACUUUUAUGUGGACUUACUUGGAUGUGUUUAUCAUGUGUGUUGGGAUGUACUUAUCUAAUUUAUUCAGAGACAUAAACAAAAUUAUAUCUGUACAAGCUGCUCAAAAUUCGGUGGAAUGGAGUAUGAUUCGGCAGCAUUACUCACAAAUAAUGAAAUUACUUAAAGAAGCCAAUAAAAACUUGUCGUCACUCAUUUUGAUAUCAUUCUUCACUAACAUAUAUUAUGUGUGUUUGCAGAUGUAUUACUCUUUUUAUCGUGCUUAUGACUCUCAUAAGGAUUGCCCUGAAGAAGAUGUAAUAUUAUCAAUGGAUGGAAUAGAAUACAAUGUAUACUACAUAUAUUCGUUACUAUUUCUCUUGCUGCGUUCUAUUAUGAUUUCGAUGAUGGCUGUUCACGUCAACACGGAGGCCCUGAAACCUCUGACAGUUCUGCGCAAUAUCCAAACGCAAGACUACACACUUGAUGUGCAACGAUUUUUUCGUCAAAUUCAGUACUGUAAUCCAGCUUUGAGUGGAAUUUGCUUUUCCGUCACUAAACAAAUGCUUUUUUCUGUAAGUAUUAUUAACUGGAGUAAAAUUUAA